UCUGCCCUACCCCAAGGACGCUCUGUUCAUACAGGAUGGCAUGGCACUGCUCCAUACCAUUACCAACCUUCCCCCAACCUGUGGUGAGAUAUGCCUACAAAUCCUCGAUCAGAUGGUAGCCAAAAAGCACUUUUUGUUCUCGACUGACAGUUAUCAUCCCGGAUCUAUCAAAGCCCAAGAGAGGCUGAGGCGCGGCAGCUCAGAAAAGAUCAUUCUAGCUGGACCAGCGACCAGAAAGCCAUACGACUUCAAGAGCUUCUUUGCAAACGACGACAACAAGAAGCAACUAUGUCAGCUCUUGUUGCGCGAUUGAUAAACAGGCCGCUUCUAGACUGGAGAGAACAAAGAUGGCAGUCCUCAUUGUGGAAGGUAGAGCCCAUCAACUUGUUAUAACGGAUGGCGAGGUGGAGGUGCAGGACCUCCCCUCAAUCUACAGCAACCAGGAAGAGACCGAUACAAGGGUGGUAUUGUACCUUCAUCAUGCCGCUGCACUAGGAUACAAAGACGCUGUGGUCAGAACCCCAGAUACAGACAUCUUUGUGAUUCUACUGCAUCAUGCCCAUUCAAUCAAGUUGACUGUGUACCUGGAAACAGGAUCGGGGAAGCACAGACAGCUUGUCAACGUAUCUGACCUUGCUGAGUCUCUAGGAGAAGACUACUGUGCAACUCUCCUUGCCUACUAUGUCUUCAGUGGAGAGGAUUGCACAAGUUCCUUUAAAGGCAAGGGAAAGGUUGGGCCACUGAAAAAGCUGGAAAAGAAUCCUAGGUUCCACAAGGCCUUCAGGCAACUGGGUGACGACUGGAACGUCAAGCCUCAGGUGAUGAAGCAGCUAGAGCAGUUCACAUGUCUGAUGUACGGACAGUGUCGUGAGUCUUCUGUGAACGCCGUCCGUGUCAAGCUGCUCUGCAAAAUGGUGGGAGAGGACAAGAAACUCACUUCCAAGUCUAAGGUCGACCUAGCUCGCCUUCCCCCAUGCCAAUCUGCUUUGGAGCCACACAUUCAGCGUGUGAACCAUCGGGUUGCUUUGUACAAGCGAGCUGACCAACCUUUUGUGGAGAAACCCAAGCCUUACGAGGAGCAGCAGGGGUGGAUGAGAACUGACCAAGGAGUCCUGGAACCAAUGUGGUCAAAUGGUCCUGUCCUACCAACCUCGCUGGUUGAUCUCCUGGAUGCUGGUGAUCGGGAAGGAGAUGAACAUGUUGUUGAUGAAGAUGACGAUGAAAAUGAUGAGUUUGACAGUUUAGAUGAAAGUGAUGAUGAGUGA